AUGACGAGGAAGGUGAAGAAGAGUUCAUUCACUGAGGAGGAGAAACGUUUCAUUACUACUCUGUUUUCAUGGUCACUCGAGGACAUUUUCAACGAACGUCUGCUCGAGGUACCAAAUGUUGCGAAGUCUUUCGAUUCGGCCAAACAAUACUUAAACCAAUUCGUGGAUCCUUUACUGGAAGAAACAAGAGCUGAACUCCAGGCAGCCAUGGAAGUCAUCUCCAAGGCACCAUUUGCCAGUGUCACCGGUUUCGAAGAGUACAACCCUGAAGGAUGUUUGUUGUACAAAGUCCAAGUUGAUGACUGGAGAAACUGCCGUGGUAGCUCCGGCAAUCCGCCUUAUAAAACAUUGCCCUGCGAUGUUGUCCUUUUGGCCAAUGGCAGACCCAAAAGGGUCUCGGAUUUGCAGAGGCCGGGUCGCUUCUGGUUGCUUGCAGUGGUCACCGGUCUUUUGGAUGAUGAUGAUGAAGAAGAAGGUUCCACCAAAUGCACCAAUUUCACACUCCUAGCAUCAAAAGGGUUGGAAGUUGGAAACUUGGGGCACAAGUCAGUGAUGACUGUCAUCUUUUUGACGAAUACCGCAACUAACGAACGAAUCUGGAAAGCAUUGCAUAUGGCAAAGAACUUGAGUAUCAUCAAUAAAGUACUUUCUGCAGAAACUUUUGUAAGGGAUUCAUUCCACUACUGUUAUGAGCAGCAGGUGAAUAGAAAUUGUGAGAAUAUAGAUUCUACUGCCUUGAAUGAGUCUCAAAGAGGGGCAGUUCUCGCUUGCCUUGGAAGAGCUCGAUGCAGGCAUAGCGCUGGUUUGGAACUUAUUAAGGGUCCUCCUGGUACUGGGAAGACCAAAACUGUAAGCACAUUGUUAGUUUCCCUUUUGAAAAUGAAAUGCAGGACACUGACUUGUACACCAACAAAUGUUGCAAUAAAAGAAGUAGCUUCGAGGGUUGUCAAGCUUUGGAAAUCAGAAUCGUCUGCAACACAGAAAAAUGCUCUAGGGGAUAUUCUGUUGCUUGGGAAUGAAGAUAGACUAAAUCUUGAUUCAGAAGUUCAAGAGAUAUACCUGGGUUAUCGCGUUAAAGAGCUUUGGAAGUGCUUUGCACCUCUCUCUGGAUGGCAGUACCGCCUCAGUUCCACCAUCGACUUUCUUCAACGCUGUGUUAUCCAGUUUUAUGUCCAUCUGGAAAACGAAAGGAAGAAUGAGCGAAAUAAGAAUCAAGAUAGCAAAGUCGAGGGAAUGAAGUGCCAAUCAUUUCUGCAGUAUGCAAGAGAUAUAUUUAAGCCCACGGUGUUGCCAUUCCAGAAUUGCAUGAUAACGCUGUGUAAUCAUGUUCCCGAAAGCUUUAUGGGGAGAGAGCUUGUUGAAAAGAUUGAAUGUGUUAUCGAUUUACUCAAAUCAUUCAGAAGCUUGUUAUUCUGUGAUAAAGUACGUUCCAAUGAGCUGAGGAAGCUUUUUCGUCGUCCAAAUUUGAUAGAGGAUUCUUCCAACUUGUUUACUCCUGCAUCCAAAGAGCUGUGUCGUAUAAGAACUCGGUGUAUAUCUGCUUUGAAAGAUCUAAGUAAAAGUCUUAGGGGAGUUAAGUUUCCAGUUUUCAGGAACAAGUACGAAAUCAAAAACUUCUGCUUUAAAUCAGCUUCCCUCAUUCUCUGCACAACAGCUACUUCAUACAAGCUGCAUUCAGUGAAGAUGAAGGAGCCACUGGAGGUUUUGGUGAUUGAUGAAGCUGCACAACUGAAAGAAUGUGAAUCAGCAAUACCUCUGCAACUGCCCGGAGUUAGGCACGCCAUUCUGAUAGGAGAUGAGUGCCAACUACCAGCUAUGGUUCAAAGCAAGGCUUGCACUAAAGCUGAGUUUGGAAGAAGCCUGUUUGAAAGGUUAACUUUGUUAGGGCAUCCUGUGCACCUCCUGAAUAUUCAAUACAGGAUGCAUCCAUCAAUAAGCUGUUUCCCCAAUUCAAUCUUCUACUCUGGUAAGAUUCAAGAUGGAGAUAAUGUGAAGAGUCCAAGUUAUGAAAAAAAGGGCUAUCUUCCUGGUCCAAUGUUUGGUCCCUAUUCAUUUAUGAAUGUAAAUGGUGGGAGGGAAGAAUUGGAUGAUGUUGGGCGUAGCAGGAGAAAUAUGACAGAGGUGGACAUUACACUGAAAUUGGUAAAGAAUCUUUACAAAGAAUGGAAUGGAUCAAAUGAGAAGAAGCUCUCCAUUGGUGUGAUAUCUCCAUAUACGGCUCAAGUGAUUGCAAUUAAGAAGAAACUAGGCGAUAGAUACGAAAGAACAGAUGGCUUCUCAGUGAAAGUCAAGUCGGUAGAUGGUUUCCAAGGUGGUGAGGAAGACAUCAUAAUCAUAUCAACUGUGAGAUCUAAUGAAAGCGGAGCGAUUGGUUUUCUCUCCAAUGCUCAAAGGGCCAAUGUCGCACUGACAAGGGCAAGAUACUGCAUGUGGAUUUUGGGAUGUGGGAGGACCUUGAUGAGCAGUGAAUCUGUUUGGCAAAAACUAGUCUACGACGCAAAAGCUCGCGAAUGUUUCUUCGACGUUGAUCAACUUGAACUCUUGCUCCCCGGAGAACGAAAUCCCAGACGAAAGGUUCAACUGAGUGGUUACUCUAAAGGGUCAUCUGCAAGGCUGACCACUGGCAACAAGAAAUCUGAGAUGAAGCACAAUAGGAGGAGUACUGGGAGUGAUGAGGAUUAUGAGAGAAUUCAAGAGUCAGUAAUAAACAAGGUAAAGUUGAUGAGCAUUGAGGAGUUAACUAGGCUGGAUUUCGCAAUGUAGCAGCGGAAGCAAAAUGCAAGGGGAAGGCCAUUUCUGGGGAAAGCUUCGACCUUUAAGAGCAGGGUUUUGUUGGGUCGAAGUGAAUUGUUAGGGUUGUUGAUUAGAUUUAGCUGACGAAUCAAAGACUUCGAAAAACAGAACUUUUGUGAUCUUUGUUCAUUCUCGCC